AUGUUAGUGGAAGGUAUUGGUGCCACCGUCCGGAACGUAUCGCCCGCCCCAGAACACAUUCCCGUGCCGCCCGUGUGCGCCGUAGGGAUGGACCAGCAAUCGAACGAAUCGGCAGCGGUGGCCGUGGCGGCUGCCGCAGCUGCUGCAGCCGCCGCCGCAACGGGCCGGCCCGGCGGUACCUCCAGCGCGCAGGCGGGUGACUUUGCGGCAGCGGCCGCCGUAGUGCUGUCGCUGCAGAACACGAUGGUCACCAGCCUGCAGCAGGCCGCGCUCAUGCCCGCCAACUCGGCCGCCGCAGCCGCCCUGAACCUGCAGGCACUCGAGUCGUACCUGACGCUGCAGCGGAUUACCAGCAAAUCGGAGGUGUUGCGCCUGACCGGUGCGGCCGGUGGUCACGCCUCGGUGCACCAGCGUAACCAGCCCCUGCCCUCGAUGCCCAUCACCGGACCGGGCGCGCAAACUUCCAGCGAUUCCAGCACUGCCGGCGGUGAUACGAUCGGUGAUGAUAUGUUCAUGGACACAUCCGGACCGUCGAUGCUGUUACACGGGAACGAGCUAGCGGAUGAACUGCCGGUGCUGGACCAGGAUGAAGAUCUCAACUUUGACGAUGGGGCCGACGAUACUUCCGACGGCAACUCGCUCGACAAUGGCUAUCCCAGCUUACUGCUCAACGCCGCCUUCCAUCAUCAGAUGACGGCGGAUAAAAUGAAGACGCUCGCCGCUGGCGGUGUUGGGUCGGUGACUCCACCGGUGGCGGUGAGUGCCGCUCCGUCCGGUGGCAGUUCGAAGGAUUCGCCCGGUGGGGCCGCGACCGCGCCGGCGAUUGUGGCGGCCGGUGGUAGUGGCCAACGGCCCAAGAAGCAGUUCAUCUGCAAGUUCUGCAAUCGUCAGUUCACCAAGUCCUACAACCUGCUCAUCCACGAGCGCACCCACACCGACGAGCGGCCGUACUCGUGUGACAUUUGUGGAAAGGCGUUCCGUCGCCAGGAUCACCUGCGCGACCACCGCUACAUCCACUCGAAGGAGAAACCGUUCAAAUGUUUGGAAUGCGGAAAAGGAUUCUGCCAGUCGCGUACGCUGGCGGUACACAAAAUACUGCACAUGGAGGAAUCGCCCCACAAGUGUCCGGUGUGCAGCCGCAGCUUCAACCAGCGCUCGAAUCUCAAAACACACCUGCUCACGCACACGGAUAUCAAACCGUACCACUGCAUCGCCUGCGGCAAGGUAUUCCGACGGAAUUGUGACCUCCGGCGGCACAGUCUCACGCACAAUCUCGGUUCCACGGCGACCGGUGCGGGCGGUGCGUUCGAUUUGGCGAGCCCGAGCGCCACCGCAGCCGUCGGUCCGGACGGCCCGUCCGAGGGUGAACCGGACGGGUGUGAGCUAAAAACCGUCGAUCUGAUGGCACUGGCCGAUGUGGACUGA